UCACCGACGAGCCUGGAGAGACAUUAGAGCUGCAGCAGAAAAAAAAAAAAAAAAAAAUCACUAAAGAGCAGAUAAGCGCGGUAGGAAGUAGAGGGAGAAAAAGCAGAAGCGUCGAGAGCGCGGAUGUGCGCACCACCUGCACCGCGCCGCGCGCCUCCACGCAGCACGGGUACGGACGGAACGCGCGCUUGCGAUGAGCAGCGAUGAACGCCGAGGAGCAGACCGUAACGUGGCUCAUCUCCCUGGGGGUGCUCAGCUCGCCCAAAAAGACGGUGGCGGACGCCGAGGGGUUCCUGAAGGCGGCGCUCAGGGAUGGAGUGGUCCUGUGUCGCCUGAUGGAGCGGCUGCAGCCGGGCUGCGUGCAUAAGUACUGUGCGGAGCCGAGGAGCGAAGCGGAGUGUCUCUCCAACAUCAGGGAGUUUCUGAAGGGAUGCGCGGCGCUCAAGGUGGAGGGCUUUGAUCCUGAGAGCGUGUACACCGGGGAGAACUUCGGGAAGGUCGUGUCCACCCUGCUGGCGAUAAACUUCGCUACUCAAGACAGAAUCAUAGACAGGACAUGCAUUCCAUCCGGAGGACCCUCGACUAGCCAGUCUUCGCAGGCGCUGUCUUCCUCUACAUCCAGCAAGUGCCUGCGCAGACUGUCCAAAACCGCGGAGAUGUCGGAGAACGGCAGCGGGCAGCUGCUGGUCAAGGCCCGUUUCAACUUCAAGCAGAACAACGAGGACGAGCUGUCGUUCACCAAGGGCGAGCUGAUCAGCGUCACGCGCCAGGAGGAGGGCGGUUGGUGGGAGGGCACGCUCAACGGCAAAACCGGCUGGUUUCCUAGCAACUACGUCCGGGAGGUCAAGCCCUCAGAAAAGCCGCUGUCCCCCAAGGGCGUGAAGGGCUUUGAAGUGCCCCAGCUCACCAAGAGCUACUACAGUGUGGUGGUGCAGGACAUCCUGGAUCACGAACGCGACUUCGUCAAGGAGCUGCAGACGCUGCUGAGCUGCUACCUGCGCCCCCUGCUGGCCAGCGACAGGUUGUCCAGCACAGACGGUGGUCACCUGGUGGGGAACCUUGAGGACAUCCUCACCUUCCAGCAGGGUCUUUGUGUGGCGCUAGAGGAGUGUGCCAAGAUGCCGGAGGGUCAGCAGCGCCUUGGAGGGUGUUACCUCAACCUGCUCUGCCAGAUUCGGAUGCUCUACCUGUCCUACUGUUCCACCCACCCAUCUGCGGUCUGCGUGCUCACCGAACACGGCGAGGGGCUGGAGGCCUUCAUGGAGAGCCAGGGAGCCAGUGGACACGGGGUCUUAUCGCUGACCACCGGCCUGAGCAAGCCCUUCCUUCGGCUGGAGAAAUACCCCACGCUACUGCAGGAGCUGGAACGACACGUCGAGGAAGCCCACCCGGACUACAGCGACAUAGCGAAAGCGACGGCAGCCUUCAAGAACCUGGUGACGCAGUGCAACGAGGUGCGGAAGCGCAAGGCCCUGGAGCUGCAGAUCCUGUCGGAGCCGCUGCGUGGCUGGGAAGGCGAGAGCGUGCGUUCCCUAGGUCACGUGAUCCACACGUCCCACGUGCACCUGCAGAUGGGUGCGGGCCAGGACAAAGAGGAGCGCUACCUCAUGCUUUUCCCCAACGUCCUCCUCAUGCUUUCCGCUAGUCCACGUAUGAGUGGCUUCAUCUACCAGGGCCGCUUGCCGCUGUCAGGGGCCACCGUGGCCAAGCAGGUGGAGGACGCGGACGGCGGGCAGUUCGCCUUCGAGAUCACAGGGGGAGCAUUCGAGCGCCUCACGGUGUUCUGCUCCAGCCAGCAGGACCUCCAGGAGUGGCUGGACCAUCUGCAUGCGCUGACCAAGGGGGGGAGCCCCGUGGGUACCGUCGGCAAGGGUGCGGACGGAAAGCCAGGGGGCGCCGCGGGACCCCCGGGCCACCAGGGCUACGGCGCACCCAUGGGCAACCGCGGGCCCCUGGAACCCCCCAAGAUCAACAAGCCGUGGUCCCUGAGCUGCCUGCGGCCCGCCCCCCCACUCAAGCCCUCCGCUGCACUGGGCUACAAGGAGAGGAUAUCUUAUAUUCUGAAGGACACCAGCAAGAGUCCUCGGCCCAUUAAGAAGUUCCUGCCCAAGCGGAAGACGGAGCGAAAGCACUCGGACGAUGAGGUCCUGCUGAGGAAGAGCACUGCAGCCCUAGAAGAAGAUGCCCAGAUACUGAAAGUCAUUGAGGCCUAUUGCACAGGAGCCAGCAUGCACCAGGCCACCACUGCGGCCAGGAAGGAGUCUGUUCCCCAAGUACUGCUUCCCGAGGAGGAGAAGAUCAUCGUGGAGGAGGUGAAGAGUAACGGUCAGACGGUCAUUGAGGAGAAGAGCCUCGUUGACGCCGUCUACGCUUUGAAGGAUGAGGUGCUUGAAUUAAAAAAGGAGAGCAAGCGGAUGAAGCAGUGUCUGGAGGAGGAGCAGCGGUCUCGCAAGGAACUGGAGCGCAUUGUCCGCAGACUGGCCAAGCAGAAGAACGACUGUGUCUGGGAUGACAGUGGCCACUAGGCCCCCCUAUACAUGCCCCCCCCACCCUUCAGCCCUUUCCCCAGUUCCCUGUGCGUGCGUGCGUGCGUGCGUGUGUUGGCAUCGUGCCGGAAAGCUGCCGGCGGUUUCUUCAGAGUAAUAAGAGAUCCCUCCCCAGAAGGGCAGUGUGUGGGGAGCAGCGUUUUACCAAAGGACAAAUUUUGUUUCAAUGCGUUUCGUCUUUUAAGAACGUGCUGAAAACGAGGUGAGGCUUACCUUCCUGGCAGAGAGGCGCAGGCGCUCCGUGUGGUCCUCAUCCAUGGACGUCGCGCACAACCCCCGAGAGAAUGCCAGGCGUCUGCGCCUCGGUGAGCCGCCGUUUCCGUCCCCGGAUUCAGGCUGCCGGAAAUCCCAGAAUCGGUCCGUUUGACAAAUCUGAACAAAUGCUGUCCCUCGGGAGCAAAACGAGACCAGAGGACAUGUGGGCGCUGGUCCGGAAACUGAGCAUCGCUCGCUGUGGACUUCCUCUCCGGUUUUGACGACGACGAUGAGGACGACGAAGAAAACUUGUCCAAACAGGGAUCAAUGCGGAAGCUGAGAGGACUCCUUAUACUGUGUUUUGUACUCAAGCGGAACGCGGAAGGCGUCUUGAAAAGCUGGACCCAUCUUCUUCUGCAUGCAACUCCCUAGUCUGGAGGCAAUGCAAUGUGUCUUGGGUGUGUGGUCCAACCCACCUGUACCCUCCCCAGGUGGCGUUCGUGUGCCAGUGGACCACGAACUUAGAGACAGAGAAAGAGUCCUUAGGAUCACCUGAUUUACUACGGUUGAUUGGUCUCAACCUGAAGGACGACCCUAAAGAGACCGAGGUUCUUUUCUUUGCCGUGGUCUUCGCAGAUGUUGCAGGUAGAUGAAAACGGCGCCGUUCAUCAUCUCCUACAAACCCUGCAGCUCUGCGACGUGAAUUUCGAGCAAUAUUAACCCCUGCAGUCCACCUGCAGCAUCCGCAUCUCCGGUCUGCAUGUAUGUGUACACGUACCGUAUCGCAGUAGUACGCAUUAGGUAAUUCAUGAACGGGAAAUAUUUUAAAAUAUUUAUCUGCAAUCCAAAGUGAUCAGGGAUGUUUCCUUAGAGUUAUUUUGUCGUGCCUGUACAUAUGUGACAGACACACAUACGUCUGUAUACGCACAGAGGUGAAAAAGUAAUAUAUGCUGUGCUUUCUUACUCGAGAGCUUUUGUAGCUCGGUCCUUCUGGGUUGAAAGUGGAUAGUGGAAUUUUUUUAAAUUUUAUUUUAUCUUAUUUUCGUCAAAGGCGUGUUGUCUGAUACUGUUUGGUACACAAGAGCACGGGUUUGGGAUGAGUUUGUUUAUGCCUUAAGCUUCUUGGUUUUGGUUUGGAUGUUGCCCUGGCAGCUGUGCACCCCCCACCCUCGCAGACCUCGCUGGCAUGUAGACCCCUCUUCUACAGCGAUCCUGCGGCGCUAGACUGCGACGAGUAACUGGGGUUUGAACGACGGCUUUGAGUCCUUGUGCAUGAAGAAGUGCCCGGCACCAUCGAUCGAAGGACGACGCGGCAUUUUACACGUGCACAACCAUGGCAUCGCGUCCCCUCCCGCGCUUUGUGCAUGAAAGAAAAGUCUUCCACGAGGCCGUACCGUCCACGAACUUCACGGACAGCCGCUUUCUGUCCAGGGCCGGGCAGUUUGACGACACGCUGGAAAGGUCAGGACCCUCCGUAGCCACCGCCUCUGCCCUCUGCUUUGGCGUUUCCGUGGCAACUGUUCUUAUAGGACUGCUUUUUCCAGUAGAAACCCAGAACUGACUGUGACACCCCCCCGGUGUUGUUUGGGUUGUCCCUGCUGCACUGUGAGGCUCUUCCUCCCCUCUCCCAAACGUCAACUGUGGUUUAGAUGUUACCUGCUGUAGCUGUAGAGAAACGUUGGCUGCAGUUGUUUUGUUUACAUCAAUGGGCCUCAGUUCCCCAGCUGUCCAAACUUGCGUUUCGCUCCGCGGCACCCUUCGGCGCAGCUCCGCACAUCUUCUCUCACUUGUGCAGAAACCAAAAACCUGGGAAUCACUGUCUCUACGAGGUCUUGCGCUCUGAACAUGUAGCCAUAGAAGAUCCAGAAGAUGGAUCGCUAGGUGGACAGUACUUCGUAUUUAUUUCCAGUUGUCUUGGUGUCCCGGCAGCCGUUGUUAUUCACGUUGCGAUAGAGGUCCUUUUCAUUGACGCCCCUCAGCGUUCAGCCUCCGCCCUCGACCGCAGUGGUCUCCCAAGAAGUCUCUUCCUGUCCAGUUGUCAUUUGAAAAUGUAUUCUAUGCAAUUAGUUAUUAAAUAUUGAGUUUUUUUUCUAGGCCCUGCAUACUAUGUAUUUACUGUUAAGAUGUAUCUUUUAAUAAAAAAAAAAAAAAAAGU